UUACUUUUGGCCCCCACCGGCUCACCGGUCCUUUCUGCUUGACUUCAGCUUGUCUUUCACUCGCCUGAAUUUGGGGUAUAAAACUCGCUGUAAAGCUCUAGAUUUUCAGUCAUCUCCUCGCUUCAAACAGACAUCAAUCUCCAGCACUACUCAAAAAUGGCAUUCAAGCUCUUCAUCAUAUCCGCUCUUAUGGCCGUAGCAAGCUGCGAAUACAAGGCCAGCUCUUCAUCCUAUGUGAAGACAGCCCCUUCAUACGGCCACGAGGUAGCAUCUCACGGGAGUUACGGCCACGAGGAAGCGUCCCACGGAAGUUACGGCCACGAGUCGUACCACGACUCGCACCCCGCCUACAAGUUCGCGUACAGCGUGCACGACCCUCACACCCACGACGUGAAGGCCCAAGAAGAGACCCGCGACGGCCACCACGUCAAGGGCUUCUACUCCCUCUACGAGGCUGACGGCAGCAAACGCGUCGUCCACUACGCCGACAACGGACACGGAUUCGAAGCCACCGUCCACAAGGAGGGAGGUCACCACCCCGUUUCAGCCCCUGUCCACCACCCUGUCGCUGCCCCAGUCCACCACCCCGUCGCUGCCCACAGCCCAGUCGUACCCCACCAACCCAUCGCUGCCUACACCCCCGUCUCCACCCCGGUGUACUUCUCUCCGUCGCCAGCUUACGUCAUCGAGCCAGCUCAUAAACACCACGAAUGAUGCCCCCUUGGUCUGAGAUAAAAUUGAUUUCAUGAGUUACACGAGUGAUCCUGGUCAUUUUAUCGAACGGAAAGUUGCGGUAAGAGCUCAGUCUUCCGUUUGAUGGAAACUUCACCUACGCAGAUAAAGCCCAGACUUUUUAGAUAUGUCCAGGGCAAUUAAAUGAGAGAAAUCUUACUUUGAAAAAUCUUUAGACGAAACGAAACUCUGAUUAAACGACCCAAAAACAUAAAUUUGACUUCAUUUUGCAAUUCGGAACUACAAUUUUUGGCUAGGUAAAGACACAAUGUAUCUACUAUUAGUUUAUCUACGUAUAUUAGUGUUUUUACGGAUGAGCCAGAAAUUGUAGUUUCUGAUUGCAAAAUGAAGUCCAAUUAGUCUACAAAUUGCCUGUUUUUUUGGGGUGGAUGCAAAGAGAAGGAGAAAGCGCAAGAUUAUGGAAUAAGUUGUUAGAAAAAGAGAUUCUCAUUACCCUGCCACCGAAUAUGAAGGAGGAACAGUAAAAUUUCUAGUUUUAAAAGAAAAAAAGGGGUAGCGUAGAAAUAAUUAUGUUCACAUCCCCCAUUUAAGGUAUCCAUAGCACAGAACAUAUCUUCAUCAUGUCUUCCAAGUAUGGCGAUUGCAAAAAUAUUAAACUGGUUCAAGCUGUGACCAAUAUGACCGACAUGACUAACACGACUAAUACGACCAACUUGAUUCGUUAACGGUCUUGAACCAUCUGCAACGAUAAUUAUACGAAUUUUCAUAUGUUCCUCUAUGUUUUCACCAUUUUCUCGUUAAUAAAUACUGUUCAGCAUA